GCGAGAAGGGCACUACCGCGGAGGCGUCCGUGCUCCGUGCUUCUCAAAAACAAAAAUAUAAAGAAAAGGACUAUAUCAUUGAGGAUUGUUUCUAAUGUUUGUGAAAUCUUUGACUAAGACUUUUGUGUGGCCAAUGACUUUGCUUUAUGUGGUAUUUUAGUGUAUCUGUCCUAAUCGCUGUAAAAGUCAGAUAAUGCUGAAACACUAAUUGCGGAAAGAUCAGCGUGAAAGGAGAGAUGGUCAGGGUGUGGAGGCGCGCCGGCGCGCGUGUGACCUAGGCGAUGCGCCGUCCCCACUACUGACAACACCAUGCCAGCGCCGCUAGCCGCAUACAUAACACUCCUCACCGUUGUAUGGCUUUGUGCAAUCGCGGAUGAGAUCCCGUCGGCGGCGGUUCCGCGGUCCACCAACACCACGUCGGUGCCUGCGGACCCGCGGUCGCCAGUAGGCCGCGUGCCGCCGUACCAGGCUCCGGCUGGAGCCGGGCCUGUGCCUGGUUAUCGGCCCCAUAACCCGUAUACACGGGUGGAACCAUGGCACCAACGACCAUCGAUAUUCGAUAGAAACGCGGACAUCAUAGCGGAAGACAUUGAUCACGAGGAAGACGAUGGCGGUUGUAACAUUCCGUGCCCUAAGGAAAAUUUCUCCUGCCAGAUCUCAUGCACCUGCAUCUCAAUGGAGAAGCGAUGCGACGGCAUCGCGGACUGCGCCGUGGCGGAGGAUGAGGCGGGCUGCACGCGCUCCUGCGAUGAGCACGAGAACCGAACCCUCUGCCACACCACCAACGUUUGCAUCGCCGUCGACUGGCUCUGCGACGGCGAUAACGACUGCGGAGAUUUCUCUGACGAAACGCACUGUGGUGGCCCAGCCAACUGCACGGCAGAGCAAUUCACGUGCGCCAACGGCCUGUGCAUCCACAAAGACUGGCUAUGCGACGGCGACGACGAUUGUCGCGACAACUCGGACGAGACCAACUGCACCAAAGACAAAUGCAGAGAAAACCAAUUUACGUGUGCCACCGGCGAGUGCAUACCAUCACACUGGCGUUGUGAUAAGGAAGCUGACUGCCCAGAAAACUCAGACGAGAUUGACUGCCCUUUGGACUUGAUACGCUGCGCCGAGGCAGAAUUUCAAUGCGACAACAAGAAAUGCAUUCGCAAAGACUUCCAAUGUGACGGCGACAACGACUGCGGCGACUGGACCGACGAGGACUUCUGCCCGAUGAUGCCGGGCAGCUGCAAUGCUGGCGAAUUUAAGUGUAGCGACGGCAAAUGCAUCCCGGAGCGAUGGCGCUGCGACACCGAGCGGGACUGCUCGGAUGGCGGGGACGAGCUGAACUGCGAACACGGCAUGCGGAACUGCACCAGCGAUGAAUACACCUGCGCUGAUAGGCGGUGCAUAUUGAAAACAUGGCUUUGCGACGGCGUCCGUGACUGCUCAAAUGGUGAAGACGAAAUGCAUUGUCAAGUAUUUUGUGAAGAAGACCAGUACACAUGUGCUACUCAGGAGCAUCUUAUCAGCAGCGCGUUUAGAAACUGCGUGAAUAGAAAACACGUAUGCGACGGCAUGAAGGACUGCCCUAAGGGUGAUGAUGAGGAAAAAUGUCCAACGAAGAGGAAGUGCGGUCCAGAAGAUAAAUGCGAGAAGCAAUGUAUCACAACUUAUGAUGGACUCCCUGCGUGUGCUUGCCCUUUAGGUUUUUUAUUGGCUGAUGAUGGUUUUAGUUGCCGCGACAUUGACGAAUGCAUGUAUGAGCAAGAUCCAGUUUGCUCCCAAACAUGUUCUAAUACGAUUGGUAGCUUCCAAUGUGGAUGUAUGACAGGAUAUGUCCUUCGCCCUGAUGCUAGAUCUUGCAAACCUACGGGAGAGUCGCCAACCCUGCUGUUUUCGAAUCGCAUUGGAAUUAAACAGGUUUGGCUCACUGGCGAUAACUACAUGUCUGUUGUAAAAGGACUUCAUAAUGCGGUAGCAUUGGACUAUCACUACGAAAAACAGCUAGUCUUUUGGACUGAAAACAAUCUGAGAGUCAUACGUGUGGCACAAAUGAAUAACAAUAACAUUACAGAUGUUAUAAGGUGGGGUUUGGAAACACCAGGUGGUGUGGCAAUAGAUUGGAUCCAUGAUCUAAUAUUUUGGACGGACUCGGGAACCAGGCGUGUUGAAGUAGCUACUUUAGAAGGUCUCCAAAGGGCGGUAAUAGCAGCCAACGAUUUGGAUAAACCGAGGGCUAUAGCCGUUCAUCCGGGAGAUGCUUUGGUGUUUUGGACCGAUUGGGGUCCUAAUCCAAAAAUCGAGCGAGCUGAUAUGGAUGGCAACAAUCGCAAAAGUGUCAUUGUAAGUCAGAUAUUCUGGCCCAAUGGCCUGACUAUUGACUACAUUGAAUCUAAGAUAUACUGGGCGGACGCAAAGCACCAUGUUAUAGAAAGUGCAUCUUUCGAUGGAAGAAAUCGAAGACGGAUCACGAAUAAAGGAUUGCCCCAUCCGUUCGCUCUGACAAUGUUUGAAGACGCGAUUUAUUGGACUGAUUGGCACACAAAGAGUAUAUCAACUGUCAAUAAGAGGACUGGAAUGGGAAUACAAACUGUCCAUGCUGGAUUAAAUGCCCCUAUAGAUAUUCACAGUUAUCACCCGUUGCGUCAACUGAGGACAUAUAAGAACCGUUGCGGUGGCAAUAAUGGCGGAUGUUCACAUCUAUGCCUUCCUAACAGCAAUGGCUACUCCUGCCGAUGUCCUGUUGGCUUCAAUUUGAAUUCUGACGGACGAACAUGCGAAGAAUCUCCGGAAAAACUUUUACUGUAUGCCCAAAGAAAAGAUAUUAGACUAAAACAACUAUACCCACGCAAGCAAAUGGAUUCCUUAGACAUGGUGAUACCAGUGGACCAUAUCAAAUCGGCCAUGGCUUUGGACUGGGACCAUAACAGCAAUUCUAUAUUCUGGACCGAUGUUGAAAAAGAUACCAUCAAUCGAGCUUAUUUGGAUGGGUCCAAUCAGACGGUUGUUGUAGGGUCGAAUCUGAUUUCUCCUGCUGGCUUGGCAUAUGACUGGUUAACUGACAAGUUAUACUGGACUGACGCUGGAACUAACAGAAUUGAGGUGGCCAAUGCUAAUGGCAGCAUGAGAACCCUUUUAGCCUGGGAAAAUAUCGACAAGCCCAGAGAUAUUGUAUUAGAUCCUAAAGGAGGGGUGAUGUAUUGGUCGGAUUGGGGUCUGAGUCCCUGCAUUGAACGCGCGGAUAUGGACGGUGGAAACAGGCAACGUCUCAUCACCGGUGACAUGGUUUGGCCCAAUGGUUUAGCCCUAGACCUUGAUCGACAGCGCAUUUACUGGACAGAUGGAGGCAACAAAACUAUUCAAUAUGCCCGUUUCGAUGGCACUGGAAGAACUAUUUUGAUAGGUCAGGACCUAUCACAUCCCUUCGGCCUGGACUUAUAUGGGGACGAAGUGUUUUGGACAGAUUGGGACACACAAUCCAUACAAGCUGCUAAUAAGUACACUGGCAACAACAGAAGAACCCUUGGAUCUGGCGUAGCUGGGAUUAUGGACGUCAGGGUUUUCCACAAGGAAAGGAUCCGUGAAGCUAAUCAAUGCACCAAAAACAACGGAGGGUGUUCUCAUUUAUGCUUGCUAAAGCCAAGAGGUCGUUCAUGUGCUUGCCCCAUUGGAAUAAAAAUCAGCAAGGACGGUAAAACCUGCACAAACGGUCCAAUAAACUUUCUUAUCUUCGCCCAUCGCACCGACAUCCGCGUGAUUUCGCUGGACGUGCCGUACCAAAUAGACGUUGUGUUGCCCUUACCACCACUAAAGAACGCCCUUGGAGUUGAUGUUGACCAAAAGACGGGUCUUAUAUACUGGACUGACACCGCAGAGAGAAAAAUUCAACGCUCUAAUAAACUUGGUGAAAAUAUCGAAACAAUAAUUGGCAAAGGUCUUCAUACUGCAGAUGGUAUCGCGAUUGAUUCAAGCGGGAGGAAGAUUUAUUGGACUGAUGGCGGUCGAAACAGUAUAGAGGUCGCUGAAUUAGAUGGAAGCAAUAGAAAAGUUUUAGUGUGGACUGGGCUAGAUUCUCCACGAGCGAUUGCUUUACACUAUGAUCUGGGAUAUAUGUUUUGGUCGGACUGGGGCACUUCAGCUAAAAUUGAAAGGGCGGAUAUGGACGGCAAAAACAGGCGUGUUAUUGUCGACAACGACAUUAAAUGGCCGAACGGCUUAGCGGUUGAUCGUGUCGAGGGUCGUCUCUAUUGGAAUGACGCAAAAGUCUAUACGAUUCAGACCUCAGACUUCAGUGGUAACGACCGACGCACCAUUCGGGACAAAGUCCAAUAUCCCUACGGUAUCGUGAUCGUAGGUCCAUAUAUCUAUUGGACUGACUGGAAAACGGAAGCAUUGCAUAGAGCCAACAAGACGAAUGGAAAUGAUUCGAUAAUUAUUAGAGAGAACUUGAAAGGUCUUAUGGAUAUUCGAGCAGUUCAGAGUGAACACCUCGCGAAAAACUUAUGCGGUCCUAACAACGGGGGUUGCUCCCAUCUGUGCCUCCGUUCACCGGAAGGAUAUUCCUGCGCUUGCCCAACCGGUAUCUUAUUUGAAAAUCAAACGGAACAACACCCAAAGAAGUGUAAAAAGCAUCCAGAUAACUUUCUCGUGUUCGCGACAAGAGGAAGCGUGGCGUUUAUAUCGUUGGACACUCCAGAACAGUGGGACGUCACCCUUCCAGUCACCGGAGUUCAAAAUUCUAUUGCAGUUGAUUUUCACUGGGACAGAAAAUUAAUAUUUUUUACUGAUGUAGAAAAGAACGUUAUAAGAUCUAUUAACAUGCUGAACAUGAGCGAUACAAGAGUCGUAGUGAAGAACAGAUUGGAUACUCCAAAUGGCCUAGGAGUCGACUGGAUAGCGGACAAUAUUUACUGGACGGACAAUGAGUAUAAGGUGAUCGAGGUAGCACGACUGGAUGGAUCAUGCCGAAAAGUCUUGAUUAAUGGCCUCACAGAACCAAGAGCGAUAGCGUUAUUCCCCGCUAAAGGAUACUUGUAUUGGAGCGACUGGGGCGAACACCCUAGCAUUCAACGAGCUUAUUUAGAUGGAACCCAGAGAACAGUGAUCGUAAACAAAGACUUAGGCUUUCCUAACGGUAUAACGAUAGAUUUUAGAGACAGGCGAUUGUACUGGACUGACGCUUUAAAGGACAGAAUCGACACGUCAGAUUUGCACGGCAACCACAGAGUUCAGCUGAUACCAGAUGCUAAACAUCCCUUUGGUAUGACACAGUUCAACGACUACAUCUACUGGACAGACUGGUUUAAGAAGUCCGUAAUGCGAGCCGACAAGAAGACAGGAAAGAACAUCACAGCGUUGCGAACAGACCUGGAAAUGGCGAUGGAGAUAAAAGCCGUGACGUCGGAGAAACAGCGCGGAUGGAACCCGUGCAAGGAGGGCAACGGCGGUUGCUCGCAUUUGUGUCUCUUCAAAGGACACGAUUACAUCUGCGCCUGUCCGGAUGAAGCAGACUCAAGGCUCUGUGACACAAUUCCAAAUCCCAAAGUCGACAUUAGUCUGCGGCCACCAUAUCCCGAUUACGAAAUAGAUCUGGAAGACCUCGAUAAACGCCCCCCAAUGCCAACUCAAAUCCCGGAUACGAGUAUCAUGAGCAUCUUACUGAUUGUUAUUGGGGUUCUGGUUUUCAUCAUCUUGGCUAUAAUUGUCCUGGCAAUUGUUUGCGUAAAAUUAAAACGCGAGCGCGGCGGAGAGCUGAAGGAGAACUACCGUGAAUCAGGCGGACAUAUCUCCUUCCACAACCCGAACUACAACUGCACCACCGGCGGCCCCGACGCCACUGAGCGGAGACCUAAUCGGUUCCAAGGCAUCUUCAAAUAUGACAAAAACCAGGAGCGCGUCACAAACGUGUACAUCCCAGAGGGAACCAGCUUGCUCCCGCCGCCGCCGCCGCCGCCGCCGCACCGCCAGCCGCCGCGGCCCGCCACUCACGACGACUUUGAGCCCGUCACGCUGCACUCCUUCGCCUAAUGCAUAUAAGACAUUAAUGUGUAUCACAUAAGAGCACGAACAACAGCCGCACUGAGGUGAAAAUUGGACACUAAACUAUAUUUCAUUUUAUUUUUGGCAGUGCGCAAUAUGUACAUUUUGGCCACUAUUGUAAAAAGUAGAAUAUCGCACCAGAAGCGGCUGGAUAUGUUGUAAUGUGCCUACAUAUCUACGAAGUAUUUCAUAAUAUAUUAAAAACAAAACCAACCUUACUUUAUCCAAAAAAAAUGACUUGUUCGUGACUGUUCACCUCAGUCGCCUCUCUUUAGGUAGUCUCUAAAAAGAUGGCUUGCUCUUCAAUAGACCUAUAAGUAUACUGGACACAAUAAUGUUAACAACAGUUAUUAAAUGAAAGGAUUUACAUCGACAUAAGAGCUAUACGAAUGAAGUCAGAGAAAUUUUAAUACCAAUAUAGAUUAGAUGCACUUACCCGGCCAUGAUUUCACUUGACAACGCCUACUGAUUUAAGACGGUGCACGACAUACCAAUGAAUCGAAGUGUUCGGAUCUUAACGUACUUACAUGUAAACUUAUAUGGUUAUGUAGUUCAUUAAAAUUGUUUGUUAUCAUCGAACUCUGUACGCUUUCAGUAUUUGAAGUGCGUGUCUGGACAGUUGCAAUUGUUUCAUUUAUAGGCAUGUUUGUGUGGAUUGCUCGUAAGGUCAUCGCUUUAAUUAUUUAUGACCGAAUAAACGAUUUACGGUACGAGUAUGAUUUAGGUUUUGUUAAAUCGUGAGGUAAAAAACAAUAUAAUAACUUUGAUUUUGUGAAAAAUGACAUGUGUGAACUCUUAAAUAGGUACUGCCGUAAUUUCAACAGCAGUAUUUCAGGUUUAACUUAAAUAAUAAAAGAGGACAAGUAAAUAAAUCCAAUAUAUUAUAUGGCGGCAUAAUUUUUUUGCCGCCUUAAUUUAGAUCCAGAUUUUAACGGGAUUUCAAUUCAAAUAGUGUACUAUGAAGAUACUUGUCAAUUGGAGCCUCUGAAAAUUAAACAAAAAAAAAACAACUUACAAUAAUUAUAUUAUUAUAAGCUUAUCUACUUAUUUAAUAAAUUAAUGUAACUUGUAUGAAAGCCACCAGACUUUAUUUAGUUCUAGUUUGUGAUUGAAAUACGGUUUUAAGAAUCGAUGUUCAACAUUACCUAUAAUGAUCCAUACUUAUUAAUAAGUAGAUACCUAACCAUAACGUUUGUUAUAAUAAUGAAGCUAUACAUAUGGUAUCUGCUUCAUUGGCUUUGGCCCUUACGUGACAUUAAUUACCAGCUUAUACUGCGGUACAAAACCCCCCGAAAUUAAUAACAAUUCUUGAUUACAGACCAUAAGUACAAUAUUCCAAAAACUGCCACAUGUGUUUGGCAUUCCAUUUAUUUAACCAAGUUUAAUACAAAACAUUCAAGAGGUUUUCCAAGCGGAUUACUCGGUCACGGCGCCUACAGGAAGGCAACACUUGCACAUAUGGGUACCUAACUUCCCCACUGGCUUCAAUGCUUUAUGAAGAUUUAUUUCCAGAUAGAGUUCCUCUGUGCCCCAGUUACUUUUAAACUUAGUAAUCUUCGUUUAAUAGUUCCUCUAAGUUUUAUAUUUCGGUUCGCUUGCUGACCCUGCAUCUCACAAAUUCCGUUUACCUCUAUCACAAACACGAACUAAUUUAGGUACCUGUAAUACGUUAAUCUACGUUGCAUGAACGAAUCGUUUUCAAGUCAACAGCAACAAUUUAAAUUAAGGUAAAAUUCAAAGUUAUUCCGUCAAAUAUAUGUAUUACAUAUAGUAUAAGAAAAAUAACAUCCUUGUAGUAAAUAAAAGAUAAACAUAUUGUUAUAAUUUACAAAUAGGAAUAAGUGUUUAGAGUAUGAUCUACUUAUAAGCCAAAGGCUUAAUUUGUACAUAAAUUAAAGUAUUAUUGAUACACGCAUACCUACUAAAAAUGUAGGAAAUGUCAGUGAUAUGACGAUUACUUUGUAAUCAUUAUUUAUUAAUACGAAAUAUAAGGAAUUAGGGAUACAUUCAUCCUUUCCUCUAUUUUGAUAACACGUUUGAUAAUCUCAUUCUUAAUAACAUGUCAGACACUUUGAUAUUUAAACAUGAUUAUUUCUAAUUUACGAAGAAAAAAUACAAAAAUUAUACUUAGGUACAGUUUUAACAUGAAAAACUCCUAAAAUUUAAAACUCCUUAAGAGUUAUCGAUGAUAAUAUGGUUGUAGUUUCUUCGUGAAUGUUUGCUUUUACGGAAUGGUACAACUGAGUGGUAAAAAUUGUAUGAAAAGGACUACUAGACAUUAAUACCUAAUACAUAAAUACCUAAUAAUAUAUGUAUUAUUUUUGUACAAGUUUCUCGUCUCGCUCGGGCUCAGGGCUGAGACUCAAGAAACUCUAUAAAGUCAAAAUUUAAUUAGUCUAGUACGUAUAUAAGUGGUGUCAUGUGGAUACAUGUAUCCAUGGGGGCGGGUGCUAGUAUGGUAGGUACUAGCUUAUGCAAUGCACCCAUCUACUUUAGGCGCGGGUAGCUGUUUGUACAGAUUAGGAAAUGGUAUUGACAGCAUACCUUUACACAUAAAUAUAUGGAACUUUGAAACACUAUGAAUGUAUUACAUUGUUAUACUUAGGUAUAUGUUAUACAAAAUUUUAUUUUCAGUUUAAUAUUUUCCAAACAAAAAUAAAAAGGGUGUUAUAUGUUAUAAAGAUAAAAUUCACCAAAAUAAAUAUGGUGACAAUAAUAUAUCAAUGUAAAUAAUUAGUUUUAAUCAUGACGUAUGUUACAUAACAUUGUAAAUAACAGAUAUUUUUUUAGUUUACGGGAUACUAGGGUUUGUUAGCAUGGCGCAGUCCCGGCUUCUCAACUUCUACUACUUACUCGACAUUCUACUGCUGUAAACAACCUUUCGGAGGAAUGUAAUCUCAUUUUAUAUAAAUCGUUUGUUCAAAUUGCCGAUUAUUUUUUCUAGCAUGCAAAAUGGAAUAUCUACAGGUAUCUGCAAAAUUGAACAUACCUAUUAUAUCCAAAUGUCAAUUCAAAAUCUAGUUUGGUAUUUUAUAAGAAAAUGCUGGAAAUAUAUCCGAUCUUGAUUUAUGACAUACUAUGUAAUGAAGUAAUGAUAAUAGUACAUUAUUGCAGAGGCCGGGAAAGGGCAAUUCGUGGAUGAGUUUCGAUUUUGUCGGACGACGCGAAGCGGAGUCCGACAAAGAAGACGAAUCCACGAAUUGCUGUUCCUGCCGAGGCAUAUAUAGUGCUUUUCUCCAAACAUGCGAGGAAAUAAGCUAAAAUAAUUAUUAUUUAAGCAUCAAGCAUCACUCAAAUCAAACCUUCACAUCCAAAAUGUCAAAAACAAUUUCCCUCUUUAGUUAAUUUUUAAAAGUUAAAGGCACAAACUUAUUCUGCCAUUCAGUACCAUUCAAUAUUCGUUCAUUCAAUAUAAUUGCGCAAUAUAGUUUGUCAAACCAACUUUUCAGUCAGUAAGAACCAGGAAAACUACACCCAUCCUUUUCUUUUGGGUGCUAGUACUAGUGUAAGACAAAGAUAGUAUGAUUCUCUUUGUCUAUGUUUGAAAUGAGAAAGUCCUUUGACAAACUAUGUAAGCUUUAUGAACACGGAUGAGAUUUAAAAAAAAUAUAAAAAUAAUCUUUGAUUUUAUUAAGCAGUAUUCGCACGAUCAUACACGUGAAAUGAUAGCUGAUCGGGUCGUGUAGAAGCGGCUCACGGCAAUAAUAAUUGGCUGUUUGCGUUUUUUAUUAUUAAAAAGUAAAAAACACUACAGUAAUAAGUUAUUACUGUAGUGUUUUUUUACUUCCCGUCCGCUAGAACAGGACAGCGAUAGUUUGAUGUUAUGUUUGUUGUGAUGUUGUGUUUUUUAGUUAGAGUUUGACAUUAACGAAGAACUUCCCGUACUAUUUUUGCUACAGUAAGGUGAACAUUUCCGAGCAUAUUGGAGAAAACAAAUUUUACUCGGACAGGCCGUUUUCGGACGUAGGUAAUAUCUUCUCGUCCAAUGUGUUGAUUGUAAUGUCAAGCUCAAAAUUGGCUACCUACUCAAAGAACAAAAAAACUCACAAAAAUAAGAUUGACGGAGAAUCAAGGGGUAUCAGUCGAUUUGUUCAGGAAAAUAAUUGAUCAAUCUCAUCUAGCGUCCACACGUACACAAAUUAAAUCACCAAUUUGCAUUCUACUAUGAAAAUUGGCAUUUUUGUGUCUGCUGAUGUGAUCGGGGAAUCAAAUUGGUAUUUGCGUGGCCCUGUUCGAUCGGAGAAUUUCAUCAGAUUUUCGAAAAACUGUCUCGUCUGGAUACAGCUUUAAGGUCGGCAGCGAGCGAGUUGCCAGAGUUAAAAGUAGGUAGUGGAUAUUUGGCAUAUAUUUAUAUUGGGAGCGUUCCCCAAGACGGCCGACAUCGCACCCGUUGUAUAAGGCCAGAGAAGGAACGCUGGCUUCACCCAACAUUGGAAAUCUUUUGACUGAUAUGAUGAUGCCAGGUGAAAGAAAUUUAAAAAGGCCGAGAAUAAUGAAAACGAAUAUUGCCCGUUUUACGUGGUUUUGUUUAGCCGCAAUUUAAUGUACAAUUUCAGGUACCCUUAUCUACUGUAUAGGUACAUUCAGCUAAAUAAAAUGAACCUGAAGCCUAUAGUUAAAAUACCAGACCUCAAAAUUUUUAUUUCGAGGUAUAGAACUUUGAUCCUCAAAUCCGGUAAAACAGAUGAACGAAUCAAAUCCUAUGGUUUUUGUUUUUUUUUAUUUGUGCAUUUACGUCGUGACCUCGCGCAAAAAUGCACACAUAAAGUUUCACAGGGUGUUUUAAUCUUAGGUAGGAUUAGGAUGGUAAUUAAAUGAGCAGAUGGUUUCAGAGAGGCAAAAUAAAGUAACGAAGAAUUUUGACACAAAGUUGCUUUUACGUUUUUACAAAUACAGUUGUUAAAUAAUAUAUGUUUAUUGUAUACAUUUUCUUAUCUCUUAUUAGGAGUAAGUACUGCAGCUAAUUAACUACAAACAAAACAAUAAUUGUUCAUGAGAAGACAUCUCGUUGCAAUAAGCCCAAUAAGGUACAUCGAUGGUCAUGUUAAGGUACAGACAGCGCCAGAAGUAGGUAACUUGACGGAAGAAAUGCUGCACCAAACUACUUUGCCACUCUUGUGACUAAAAUGCAACUUUAUCAUAAGUUUUUGAAGAAUAAACAGAACCUUUACGUGCUGAUGUGGUGAAAAAUAAUUUUUAGCACUCUUUCAGACACUUCUGCUGCUGACUGUACAACCGUUAACUCCGUUACUUAUGUGAUAGUUAGAUUUAUUAAUUAACGAUACAUUCCGCCCCGCUUGUUUGCUAAGAAUUUAAGUGAAGAUAUUAACACCACUUUUAAAAAUCGUAACAUUAUUGAAAGAAUGUAUUUAAAUCUUUAUCAAGAUCAAAAAAAUAUGAAGAAGCCGUGUCGAAAAUUUGAUUGAAUGAAAACUGGAGCAGUUCCUUACAUGGACUAUUGGUAAUUUAAAAGAACAUUCAUCAUACUUAUUGUUAGGUUUAAGAUUCAACACACAAGCUAUAUGUAAAUGAUUAACAUAUUCCUAUGUAUGGAACUCUUUGAAACGAAAACCACAUGUGUGACUUGACAUCAAACUUUAAAUCUUUGAACUAUUUUGAUGCCGUUAUGGUAUGAUGAUGUAUGUUAUUGAUUUUGCGUUUGUUACUCAGAUGAUUUUACAUGUAGCGGUUAAGGGAAAGAGUUAAAUAAUACCUAUAAGAGUGCUGUGAUACCAGAUGCUUUGAAAGCUAUAGGAUGGGGAACUAGAGAUGGCAGUUACUUUAUUAUUAAAUAUUUAAUAUGUAUUUGCAUAAGUUCCAUCCAGGUGCACAAUAAUUUGAACGCUCAGGGCUGAUGUAAACUUAUUUGAUAAUUAUUUAAUUGUCCCGACACUGUUCGUGCCAAAAUUCAGUAUUAUGUUUGUCGAUUUGGCCAAAUUCAUGUCUAGGUUUAACAUUAGGUAAAAAAUAAUACGGCUUGGGCACCAGCGCCUCCCUGGGUCCAAAGUCGUCAGAUUUAUUAUAUUGAACAUUAAAAAAUAGAAUUUAUUCAAA